AUGACUGGCUGUGUUAAAUACCUAGCAGGUGAUUUAUGGCAGCAUUUUCAGGCGGCUGGUAUACCCAAACGUUACGCGCCCACAAUUGGCAUAGCUGUUGACCAUCGAAGGACCAAUAAAUCGCUGGAAUCGCUACAGAUAAACGUGCAGCGUCUGAAGGAAUAUCAGUCCAGACUGAUAAUUUUCCCGUUCAAGGCUGGGAAACCUAGAAAGGGCGAUAGUAGCGCGGAGGAGUGCAAACUUGCCACGCAGCUGAGAACGACGGUGAUGCCGCUGAAGAAACCGAUACACAAGGUCAAAGCUCGCGCGAUCACUGAUGAAGAGCGCAAGUUCGAGGCGUACGCCACCGUUCGUCACGCAAGAGCCGACGCGAAGCUUGUCGGAUACAGGCAGAAAAAGCGAGAAGCGCUUGACAACGCGAUCACACGGAAGUAA